GUGAGCAGCAGCAUCGCAUUUCGCUUCUAGACGGGCAAGCAUUCGGCCGCAUCGAGUAGCAGAGAGACAAAAGCUGUGGUCGCUUGUUGUGCGUUUUGUUUAAUGGCGGUCUGUGUUAUAUUGUGGUGAAAAAUCGCUGCUUUGAAACUUUGUGACCUGUUCACAGUGAAAAUUCAUUGGCGAAAGUUGUGUCGUUGUGUUCUGUAGCAUUUGGUAACUGCAUCGGAAGUAGAUUUGGCAUUAUUCGUCGGAAUAGUCGAAGGGUGUCGCCUUGAGGGAAGCGGAAAAACGACAGCCUGUCUGGAAACGAUUUCUGGUGGAAAAUCUCAUAUUAGGAACUUUUUAUCGUUGAAUUAACAUACCAACAUGACGGAUAUACGAGUGAGUUUUGAAAAAGCCGCAUUUGCUGCUCAGCAAAAUGGUGCCGGGGCCGCCACAUCUAGCCCCAAGAUCGGGGGCAAAUCCAUCGAAAAGAUCUACCAGAAGAAAUCCCAGCUCGAACACAUCCUGUUGCGUCCAGAUACGUAUAUCGGUUCGGUGGAACAGCUCAAGGAGAACAUGUGGAUCUACGAUAGCGAGGCCCAGAAGAUGGUUCAACGGGAGAUCACUUUUGUUCCUGGUUUGUACAAGAUUUUCGACGAAAUUCUUGUCAACGCCGCGGACAACAAACAGCGUGAUCCGAAGAUGAACGCAAUAAAGAUAGAUAUAAAUCAGGAAACGAAUACGAUUUCAAUCUGGAACAAUGGUAACGGUAUUCCGGUGGUCAUGCAUAAGGAAGAAAAAAUGUAUGUACCAACUAUGAUUUUUGGGCAUCUCUUGACUUCCUCUAAUUACAACGAUGAAGAGGAGAAAGUGACCGGUGGGCGUAACGGUUACGGUGCCAAACUGUGUAAUAUCUUCAGUACCAAGUUUACCGUAGAGACUGCCACCCGUCAGUACAAGAAAUGCUUCAAGCAAACUUGGGGAGACAACAUGGGCAAGGCGUCGGAACCAAAAAUUAAGGAAGAUUACACCGGCGAAGAUUACACAAAAAUCACGUUCUGUCCUGAUCUAAAGAAAUUUAAAAUGGAAAAGCUAGACGACGAUAUAGUCGGACUCAUGUCUCGCCGUGCUUAUGAUGUGGCUGCUUCAACCCGUGGAGUUGGUGUAUUUCUGAACGGCAAGAAAUUGCCUAUCAAAAACUUUAAAGAUUAUAUUGACAUGUACAUUAAGGACCACAAUGAUGAAGUUGGUAGCCCAGUAAAGUUAUGCUACGAAAGUUGCAAUGAACGUUGGGAAGUUGCCGUAACUUUGUCGGACAAAGGAUUCCAACAAGUAUCGUUUGUCAACUCGAUUGCCACUACAAAGGGAGGUCGGCACGUUGAUUAUGUUGCGGACAUGAUUGUCAAGCAGGUCAUUGAAGUUUUGAAGAAAAAGAACAAGGGUGGUAUUAACAUCAAACCUUUCCAAGUUAAGAAUCAUAUGUGGGUGUUCAUAAACUGUUUGAUCGUUAAUCCAACCUUCGACUCGCAAACAAAAGAGAACAUGACCUUGCAAGCCAAGAGCUUCGGAUCCAAAUGUGCCCUUUCGGAAAAGUUCAUUGGCACCGUGACUAAAUGUGGAAUUGUAGAAUCCGUGCUACAAUGGGCCAAGUUCAAGGCACAAACAGAACUAAACAAGGCAUCUGGAUCGAAAAAAUCGAAGGUUAAGGGUGUACCUAAACUGGAAGAUGCAAACGAUGCCGGUACUAAGAAUUCAUUGAAUUGUACAUUAAUCUUGACAGAGGGAGAUUCAGCCAAGACGUUAGCCGUAUCUGGUUUGGGAGUUGUUGGCCGUGAUACGUAUGGUGUUUUCCCACUGCGUGGUAAGCUGCUGAACGUCAGGGAAGCUACUCAUAAACAGAUCCUCGAGAAUGCUGAAAUCAAUAAUCUUAUCAAGAUUGUAGGUUUGCAGUACAAAAAGAAGUAUCUAACAAUUGAUGACUUGAAAACGCUUCGGUAUGGAAAGAUUAUGAUUAUGACUGAUCAGGAUCAAGACGGUUCGCAUAUCAAAGGUUUGCUGAUUAAUUUCAUUCACACAAACUGGCCAGAGCUCCUUCGUUUGCCGUUCCUGGAAGAGUUUAUUACACCGAUUGUCAAGGCCACAAAGAAAAAUGGCGAAGAACUCUCAUUCUUCUCACUUCCAGAAUUUGAAGAGUGGAAAACAGAUACGCCCAAUGCUCAUACAUAUAAUAUCAAAUACUAUAAGGGUUUGGGUACUUCGACUUCCAAAGAAGCGAAGGAGUACUUCCAGAAUAUGGAACGACACCGAAUCCUGUUCAAGUAUGAUAAUUCCACCGAUGAUGAUGCCAUCAGUAUGGCUUUCUCAAAGAAGGCUGUUGAUCAGCGUAAAGAAUGGCUCACAGCUCACAUGGAAGAAAAUCGUCAUCGUAAACAAGUUGGUUUGCCUGAAAAAUACUUGUACACUAAAGCAACACGUGCAAUCUCGUAUAAAGAGUUUAUCAACCUGGAACUGGUCCUGUUCUCCAACUCUGAUAAUGUCCGUUCGAUUCCGUGUGUGGUUGACGGCCUAAAGCCCGGUCAACGUAAAGUUAUGUUCACUUGUUUCAAACGUAACGACAAGCGUGAAGUCAAGGUUGCCCAGCUAGCUGGCUCAGUGGCGGAACAAUCUGCAUAUCAUCAUGGUGAACAAUCGCUCUGCGGUACUAUCGUCAAUUUGGCGCAGAACUUUGUCGGCAGCAACAACAUCAAUCUUUUGUAUCCCGGCGGUCAGUUCGGUACCCGUUUAGCUGGCGGAAAGGAUAGCGCUAGUCCUCGUUAUAUUUUCACCAUGAUGUCUUCGCUUACGCGGCUGAUUUUCCACCCCUUGGAUGAUCCUCUUCUGGAGUACCAAUACGAUGAUAACCAGAAGAUUGAACCCACUUGGUAUCUACCCAUUAUUCCUAUGGUGCUGGUCAACGGUUGUGAAGGUAUCGGUACUGGUUGGUCUACCAAGAUUCCCAAUCACAACCCUCGCGAUAUUAUUGCAAACAUUCGUCGAAUGUUGAACGGUGAUGAACCGAAAGUGCUUCAUCCGUGGUACAAGAACUUCCGCGGCUCUAUCGAAGCAGUUGGACAUCAAAAAUAUCUCUCCGUUGGUAAUGUUGCUCUGCUAGAGAAUAAUAAAAUUGAAAUUUCUGAACUUCCGAUCGGAACCUGGACUCAAAAUUAUAAAGAAAACACUUUGGAGCCGCUUUUGAAUGGUAAUGACAAACAGAAACCAGUUAUUUCGGACUACAAAGAGUACAACACAGACACAACGGUUCGGUUUGUGAUCUCAUUCCUCCCUGGUGAAUACGAAAAGCUUUACGCAGAAGAUGGUGGAUUCCAUCGAGUGUUCAAGCUUACCAGCUCUCUGUCUACAACUUGUAUGCAUGCUUUUGACGAUAAAAACUAUCUGCGCAAAUACGAACAUGCCAAUGAUAUCUUCCACGAAUUUUACAAACUCCGUCUGGAGUACUAUGGUAAGCGUAAGGCUUAUUUGGAGGGCAUGCUGCAGGCGGAGGCAGAUCAGUUGAGCGAUAAGGCUCGUUUCAUUAUGGAAAAAUGUGAUAGAACAUUGGUGGUCGAGAACAAAAAACGCAAAGCGAUGAUAGAUGAACUGAUCAAGAGAGGCUAUCGCCCUGAUCCUAUCAAAGAGUGGAAACGCAAGGUAGCCCAAGAUGAAGAAGAAGAGGAAGCCGCUGAUGAUGAAGAAGUCGAGGAGGGCGAAGAUGUCAAGCCAGGUAAAUCAAAGAAACCUGUUGAUCCAGAGAAGGCUUUCCAGAGGUUGACGGAUGUGAAAAAGUUCGAUUAUCUUCUGGGUAUGUCCAUGUGGAUGUUAACGGAUGAAAAGAAAAAUGAAUUGCUAAAGCAACGAGAUAACAAGCUGUCAGAGCUCGCUGCCCUGAAGAACAAAACAUUGGAAAUGUUAUGGGUUGAUGAUUUGGACGUACUUCAGAAAAAAAUGGACGAGGUUGAAGAAAAGGAACGUCUUGAUGCGAUUAGUACUGAGAAAAAACUCAAAGGUGGUGCUGCUAAAGCAGCUGCAUCAGGCCGAGGCAUGAAGUCAGUCGCCAAGAAAAGCGCCAUAGACGACACAAAACCGAGUGUCAUGGGCGAAGAGGUCAAGUUCAAACUGUCCGACGAACUCAUCAAAAAGUACGAAAAACUUGCUGCUGGGCCGACUCGAGUAAAGAAAGAGAAGAAAGAACCGGGAGAGGAUGGUGCUGAAGGCGAAGAUGAAUUUGAUGCCCUUGUCGAGGGUAAAAAGCCUAAGGUAAAAAAGGAACCCAAGGAACCGAAACCACCCAAGGAACCAAAACAACCGAGGGUGAAAAAGGAGAAAAAGGAAGGCGAUGGUAUGAAACAACCUAAGUUGACCUUUGGAAAGGGUGGAGGAAAGGGAAAAAAGAAGAAGGCAACUAGUGAUGAUGAGGACGCAUUCAAUUCAGAUGCCAGUGGAGACGAUUUCGGAGUUUCAGUAACCGUUCCGGUUCGAGAAAAAACCAAUCGACGAGCGGCUUCAAAGAAAAUAAAUUACUCUUUCGACGACGAAGAGGACAGGAACUUUGAUAAGUCAGAUGAUGAGCUGUUUGAUAACAACCCGGAGGCAAGAAACACCAGCCGUGUAGCUCCAGCUCAGGGCACUUUAGAUGACGCAAGCGACAUCGAAGAAGCAGGUCCAAUUAGUUUGGACAGCGAAGUUGAUUCCCCAGUAAAGCCCAAGAAACCUGCUGUCAAACGAAAACUGGGUCCAAAGCCAGAAGGUGGUCAGACUCCAUCAGCAAAGCGAGGACGAAAGAAGCAAAGCACUGGAAGUAGUGAUGAUGAUAAGCCCAAAAAGAAAACCCAGAAAUUUGCCGACAGCGCAUCAGAAGAAAGCGAACCAGCAAACGAUGAUAAUGAUUCAGAUUUUGAGUAAACAUUCAACGUAACAUAGGUUCGAAAAUGGCGCGGUGUCGUCUGAUGUGUGAUUCCUUGAAUCGAGGAAGAAUUUUAGUAGCAUAAAAAUAUGUCCCCUUUCUUCUUUAUUGUUCAUCAUCGCUGUCUGUCAACAAGAGCAAAGACAUCUCUUGGUUAACAUCUAUUCGUGGAUUCAUGCACUCACUUAUCUUGACGUGGCAAUUGCAGUUUUUAAAUCAUAUUUUACAAAACCUGAUCUUGUAGCCAACCAGUUUUACGUUUGAGUAGAUUUAAUUUAUAGACUUUAACGCAAAAAAUAACAUAAGUGUGUAGCGUUUCCAUUAUCUAAACCAGCACAUACACAAAUACACUAGAUGUUAAGGUUAAUUUAUAACAUAAAUAUUGUAAUAAUGGACUCGCAGUUGUACAAGUUUUAUUUUUUCCGUUAUACGAGUCGUUGGGUUUUUUAAUGGUUAAUUAUCAACCGACGAAUUGAAAAGCUAUGUGCAGAAUGCAUCUGCAUCUCCAUUUUGAAAAUUAUUACAGAAGGCUAUGAAUUACUAUGAAUUUCAAUUAUGAUAUCACUAACCCAUACAAAUGGGUUUCCCAAAAAAACUUCUAUUGGAAUCGUAUAACUGUAACCUCCGGACCGAUCAGCUACCAAUCAGGUCGAUUCUCUAAACACGAUCUCAAGUUGAUAGCCGGUGUAGAGAAAAGUGUUUGUAUAGGAAUAUUUUUGGUUGUUUUGAUAUCAGUUUUCAAAAUAUACCACGGUUAUCAUUAACUGGAAAUCAACUUGUAUUGCUGUCUUUUGUAAUAAUAAAAUCUGUAGAUAAAACUGA